UUUUUUUUAAAAAAAGUGAUGCUAGGGGAGGGAAGAGGAGAGUGGAUAUCCCAGAGACAAGCGCAAACGACAAAAACAAAGGUUCUUCGUUUAGUUUGUUUUAAUUACAAUCAUGUUACAGUUUAGGAAGUCGUCAAUGCCUGGCACAGUCUACUUUGGGAGAAGUUGUGUUUGUUACUGCUGUAGGGUCGGCAGUUCCAACUGGAUUUAAUCAUUGAGUUUCGGAAUUGCUUCCUGAAGGCAAGACGCACCUCUUCUGGAAGCCUGCUCCAUGACGCAGUGAGCCGAUUAAUUUUUAACUGAGAACAGGAAAGGAGCUCAGUGACAGAAAACUUGGGCAACCCAGCGACGCCUGCAAUGCGCUAGUUAGCGCAGGGAUGGACUGAACUGAGAGCUCCUCUCAGGACUUUGGUGUACUUUUUUUUUAAUCUCCGGAUCGAGUCCGGAAAACCCGCCAAACUUUUGUUCUCCCCCCACCCCCAACACCCCAAAUUCUGGCGUAACUUGGAAAGAAAGUUUGCUGCGCUUGAGGGUCUGGUGUGCCCUGGAUUCUUGGCUGGUUGACCAGGUCGCUUGGUUGUGGGUGACAAUGUGAAGGUUCCGCUGAAGGAUGGACCUCAAAGCCUUGCCCCUGGAUGAACCUCACGCCGCUCGCCAAGUGAUGCAGCCGCUGCUUGUGGGGAUGCUGAGCUGACCCGUUACAUCUCUGCUUCGGGACCAUUCUGGAGGGAGCGCUGAGCGGGUCACGUCUCCACAAGAGGCUGGGCACAGAGCUCUGGCUAAGGUAGCAGUCCCCCCUGGGUGGGGGAACUGAGCCCUGACUUUCUCCAACAAGUUUCCUGCCAUGGAGGAGUGAGGGAGGGAGGGAGGGAGGGCGGAGGGGCUGCUGUGGACAUGGGUCCCCGCCAGGCGCUGGCUCGCUGCGUCCGUUUGUGCUGGCCCCCUCGGCCGCUGCUGCUGGCUGUGGCGAUAGCCGUGUGUUUGGUUUACCCAUCUCUGACAGUGUUCCGCCUGCGAGCGGGCAGUCUGCUGCUCAAACCACCCUCCCGGAUUCAACCAACACAAGUCACCGCAGACAGCAAGCCGUCGAGAAAGAACCCCAACUGCCUCCCUGCACUGGAUGUACCGCUGAAACUCAGAGAGAUUGAACCUAAUGCCUUCAACAAUCGCAAGAAAACAGUUGUGCUACGAGGCUAUAAUUCCAUUAGUGCACCUGACCUUCGAUUAUAUCAACAAAUUUUUGUACAAUAUGGUUAUGAACUUGUCCUAUCUCCAAAUGUUAAUGGAGGUUCAAGUUACAGGGAGGGCUCCAAAUAUAAUGGAACUGAACAUUGGGACUUGCUUAUUUGUUUCACUUCAAAUAAGCUCAAUGGUAACAGAUGCCUUCAAAAAGAAGAGUUUGAACAACUUCAGCUUCAUCAGAAGGUGAAUAGAAUCCCAGGCCUAGAACGUACACUUUGCAGAAAAGAUGGCUUUUGUCAGAUUAUGGGGAUUGCUCAAAGAUUGCCAGUCCUCCAACCUUUGGUUCUUCCAUCUAUGUGCUUAGACUAUUAUGUAGAGCCAAAAACAAUCAGCAACAGGAUAAGGGCUGGAAUCUCGAUGUCUCCAGAUGGAAAUAUCCCUUCUCUAAAGCUUCAAGAUAUGGACAACGAAAUUGAUGUGAAACAAUACACAGCACUUUCAGGAAAGUCAAAGACCGUUCCUAUAGAUGGUCUUUCUGCAAUUCUUAGAGUGUAUGUUUUAGUGACAUCACUGUCUCCCCUACGAGCAUUCAUUCAUUCAACAGGACUCGUCCAAAGUGAACCCAAUAAGAAGUUCUUUGUAUCCGAGCUUCGGGCAUAUUUUGAAAAAUAUUCUGGAACAAGUGCUUCAGUACAGGCCUAUGAGAACAUGAAAAUGUUAAUUACACAACUUCUAUUAAUUGCUGAACUAAACAUUGAAUCUUCCACCAGAAGUCAAGGAACAUCAGAAAGAUGUUGUUCAUGUUUUCAGCUACUGGCCUUUGACCUUAGCUUUGGUGCAUCUGCCUAUCCUGUGAUUGUUGAGGUGCACCAACAGCCUGUCUUUGAAGCAGAUGACAAUCUAGCUUUUGCAGAUCGCAUCACUAAAGAUUUCAUACUGGAAGAUACUUUCAGGUUGUUGCUAGCUGGCACUUCUGUUCUGGGUGAAAUAAACGAAGCUUUAGAAAAUAUAUAUCGAUCUGAAAGAUUGAAGAAUCACAGCCAUUUUCAAAAACAUGAAUUUUGUCUGACUUCAAGAGAUCUAACAGCCAUUAUUAAUUUUCAAAAGGAGUUCAAAAGCCAAGGAAAAUUUGAAUUGCUUUAUCCAUCCAUUAAUCCAGACUACCAAAAGAUAUUAUAUGUACUCCAUCACAAUUUUGAUCAUGCAUCUAAAACAAAAUCUGUGCUUGCCCAGCAUCUGCUAUUUUCAAUGCUCCAUGACCAGUUUCAAGCAUCAAAUGUGCAGAAGAGUUUGAAUCAUUUCACAUGGGAUCAAACUGGAUCAAUAUCUUCUCAUACAGUUGAAAGGUUUGAAAGCAACAACAAAAUAGGUCAGUACAAGCAAAAGAACUGCAGUACAGCUAAACAUACUCUGGCCUACAUUACACACAUCUUCACUAGCCCACAGCUGAACUUGAAUCCUGUCUUUACGUCAAAGAUCAAAGUGUACUAUUCCGAAGUGCCUUUUGAUGUGGUGAUAGUGAAGAUCAGAGCACAAGCAGCCAAUUGCCACUGCCAGGUACACUUGGAUGAGAAAAAAGGACCCAGCCUUGCCAAUUAUCCUCUUGGCCUUGGAAAUAACAGGAUCCAUAUAUUAGUAUCGGAUGAGUCACGCAAACAACCGACUGUAAUAGCAACCUACACUGUCAAUGUUUACCGACAUGGUCGGCCCAGUUUGCCUGUUCCUAAUGAGACUACAAUGUGCAGUUUUGUGCAGGACUGUGAGUUGAUCAUUCGGCCUGAAGAACCUUGUGGCAUUCAGCCAGUGUCAAGCACUUACUUCAUAGCAGUUUCACAAACAAAGCUUCAGAACUGCAAGACAGGCGAUGCCAAAGGGCAGUGGGUUGUUCCUUGUCUAAGCUGCUCAGACAAUCGGACUUGUGAUUGGCAAAAGGCACGAUGGCAGCCAGAAAAAUGUCAACACCUAACACCAACGAAAAGUCAACUUCAGCAGUGUAUGAAUGGAAGGAAGGUUCUUUUCAUUGGCGAUUCAACCAACAGGGGAAUGAUGUAUUAUCUUAUGGAAGAAGUGAAUGAAACUCUUCAGGAAUGGGACAAAGCUCAUGACACUAAAUUCUUUCCCAAUUUAAAUGGAGGAAAACUAUUCACUAGUUAUGCUUAUUAUCCCCAGUUUUGGCUGAAUUUAAGUCAAAGACCUACAUUUGAAAAUACUUUGGAACAACUUAUUCAAAGGUCGCAUCCUUUAGAAAACAACGAUCAGACUGUUCUGGUUGUAGGUGGGGUUCAGUGGUUAAAUACACAACAUUUGCAUAUUAUACAAAAAGUUUUACAAAGAGAGAAGCUGUUAAAUAUUCUUGUAAUCAUAAAAUCUAUAGGAAUGGGAUUUCACCUGCCAGUGGAUGGAAUCCGAUCCCUGUCUUUGAAUGAAGUACAAAAUUUGUGGAAAGAAAAUACAGAAAUACUUUCUCAAGCAAAGGACUACGGUUAUGAUGUUAUUGAUACCUUUAGCAUCACUAUGGGACGCUAUAAAGAAUUUCUUCAGGGAAAGUGUGCAUGUCAUUUUCAUGAGGUAGAUAAAGUUGAGUUUUCCCAAACAACAAUUCAGAGGAAAAUAAGGCACUCAACCUACUCCUUUCUGGGAAAGGGCACCGCAGGUCGAAGCAAACAGUCAGUGGUACAAGACGUUUUACCUGUUUUUAAAUCACACUAUCAUGUCAAUGGUCCAAUAAACCUGGCUUAUUCAGAAAUUUUCCUCAGCAGAGUCUGUGUGAACAGAUUGAAUAUUAUGACCACUCAGCUAUAAAAAAUGGACAGUUUUAAGAUUUGCUGCUUCCCAGGAGAUCAGUGCAAAAUACCACACGGCAUGUAUUCCAUUUCUCUCUUAUUGGCUACGAAUGUUACCAUCAAAGACAUGUGACACGUUUUCAGCCUUUAUGAAAUCAAUAUGUUCCCCUGCAAAUUUGAGGUUUCGAAUGGCAGAUGGAAAGCCUGAAAAUUGAUGUAACCUCUUGUCUGGCCAGAUGAAUUGCAUAACCAGCUGUAGCUGAAACCUUUUUUUUUAACAGAAGAUUAAGCUACACAAGAGACUUGAGUUCCUUAAGUAAACCACUUAAUCCUUUUGGUGCAAUAUUCAUUCACUUUCUGCACUAUUAUUGUGAAAACAAUUGUAAUACUGUAUUUCUGAAUAAGUUUUAUUUUUGUACGUAUUGUUCACUUGGAACCACAUUCCCCAGAUAUUGCUGAAGAUAUCAAAUUAUAUAUACCUCACAUUUAUUAUAUUUAUAUUUAUAUUGCUUUUAUAUUUUGCUUGUAAAAGUAGUUUGAAAUAAUAACCUGCAUUCUCAAUGUCUUAAAACCUUUUUACAAACAGAGAUGUUUUAUGUUUACAAAUUUUUGAUAUUUGGUAUAUCUACUUUUAAUAAUUUUUAUAUACAUUUUUAAUUUUUUCUAUGGACGUUGAUAGUGCUUAAGCACCUGGUACUAUGGGAGCCAAAUGUUUUGUGAUAUAGGGAUACACUACAUUUGGAAAAUAGGAAUAAAACAUAUAUUUUGUUCUUAAAAGGCAA